UUUUCUGAUUUAUUUUUUUAUCUUUCUUCUCUAUUUCUUUAUAGUUUACGCAAACAAGCUUCUACAGAUAAUGAUUAGUGGGUAUAUUCUGGAUAUAUUUAAAAUAAAGGGAAUGUGUUUAAUAACAACCUCUCGCAAAAAUAUUGAAGAUCGUCAUAUUCCAUUUGCUAAAAAUAUGGAACCAACACGUUCUCUUUUGGAAGUUGUCAAAACUGUUCGUCCUAAUGCAUUAAUUGGAGCAUCAACUGUUGGAGGUGCUUUUACAAGAGAAAUUAUUGAAACUAUGGCAGAAAUAAAUUUGCGUCCAAUAAUUUUUGCGUUGUCAAAUCCAACAGAUAAAGCUGAAUGUACUGCAGAAAAUGCUUUUAGAUAUACCAAGGGAAGUGUUCUUUUUGCGUCUGGUAGUCCAUUCAAAAAUGUUGAAAUGCAUGGUCGCAUAUAUAAACCUGGACAGGGAAAUAAUGCUUAUAUAUUUCCGGGUAUUGCAUUGGCUGCAAUUUUAUUUAAAUUGUCUACAAUUAACAAUAAUCUGUUUUUGUUAGCUGCUAAUACUGUCGCUGAAUGUGUAAGCGACAAAUGUUUAGCAGAAGGACGUAUUUAUUCUCGACUUAAAGAUAUUAAAGAAAUUUCUAUCAAAAUUGCUAUAAAAAUUGCCGAUGAAUGUUACAAAGAUGGAACAGCAAAAUUAUAUCCUGAACCUGAAGAUAAAGAAAUGUUUAUUAGAUCUCAACUAUAUUCGGUCAAAUAUGAGGAUUUAAUUAAUGAGACAUAUGAAUGGCCAGCACAGGAUAUGACACAUGGAUUUCCGUUUCCACCGGUUUUUAUUUUUUUUAUAUUUUUUAAUGGGGGAUAG